AUGGCGACGGGUGCACGAGUGAUGCUGUUCAUAUGGGGAGUGGCGGAGACGUCGACCGCGUUCAUGCCCUUGGCUCCUUGUCCCUUCCUGUCCGCAUGCUCGACCGCAAGCAGCUCGUUGUCUGCGAGAGGAUCAGACUGCAGGAGGGCCGCGAGAGCAUUACUCAUGGCCGAGGGAGCUGGACGAGACUGGCAUAUGAAGGGGGAACCAGAUGACGCUGAGGCAAGGAGCGAUCGAAUGCUCAAGAUGUCGCUGAUGCUGGCGAGGAUAGGGGGGGACCUUGAGGCGCUGGGAAGGGGAGGAUGCGACAUCGAUAUAGACAGGGUUGAGAGAGAGAUAACGUCCUUGUAUGCUAUCACGAGCAGCAGGAAAGAGAAAGACGUCGCAUCUCAAGUAUCCAGGUUGAGCCCUUCGUUGAGGGAUGAGCUCGGUCAAGGAGCUGCCAAGUUGCACCUUGGUUGUGGGAGGAACGUCAUGCCGGGAUGGAUCAACGUCGAUCUCUACGGGUGGCGCUUGCGUGAUGCACUGCAAAAGACGACAGCUGAGAACACCAACUCUGACAGCGUGAUCUCCCUGAACCUCGCUACCACUCCUCUCCCUCUUGACGAUGGAACCUGUCAAUGCAUCUACACAAGUCACAUGCUCGAACAUCUUUCGCACCCGGUAGAAACGAGCAUCUUCAUGGAGGAGGUGUUCCGAGUGCUGGCUCCUGGAGGCGUCCUGCGAGUGGUCGUUCCCGAUGCUCAAAAGUGGCUCAAGUCGUACACGAGUCGAGAUGAGAACUUCCUAGUCUCCGCACGGCAGCAUUGGAACCACUGGGACUGGAGGACGUUUGAAGAGCAACAGAGCUGGCUGGACCUCCUCCUUCCCUACCUCGGUGCUUCCUCCCUCAAAGGAGCUUUGACCGGGUCCCAUCAGUUUGGCUUUGAUGAAUCCUCUCUACGAGCGCUCCUUGAGCGGUCAGGCUUUCCUCGGGACAGCAUCGAGCGCUCUUCCUUCCAGAGGAGCCGGCACUCUCUGCUGAGGGUCGAUGACCGGAGCCACGCAGCUGGGGCCACCUUCGAUGGGGAGGAGAGCGACGAUACUUACUUCAGCCUGUUCAUGGAAGCUCGCAAGCCCGAGGUAUCCGCCGCGAGCCCAGCAGCUUUCCAGCAAAGAGACAACGCGCUGCAGAAGUUUGUCAAGACGUUGCUGGGAACUCGUUGA